CAUCUAGCAACACUGUCGUAAGAGUGAGAUGUUCGUAUUAUCGUAAAUUCUUCAGGGAUUGUCUUAGUUUUGCAUUAUAAUUUCUAGUUCACGUUGUAUAAAACCGUAUAUCAAAUCGAAAUAUUAAAAUGGAUAAAAGGAAACUGUCGACCGCGGGGGACAGCCUGUAUCAAAUAUUACAAGUUCCGAAAACUGCGACGGCAGAUGAUGUCAAGAAAAGCUAUCGGAAACUAGCGUUAAAAUAUCAUCCUGAUAAAAAUCCUAACAAUCCUGAAGCCGCUGAGAAAUUUAAGGAAGUGAAUCGUGCACAUACUAUCUUGAGCGAUGCCACGAAACGUAAUAUUUAUGAUAAUUAUGGCUCACUUGGACUGUACAUCGCUGAGCAAUUCGGAGAAGAAAACGUCAACGCCUAUUUCGUUGUGACAAGCACUUGGUGCAAGGCUCUGUUUAUCGUAUGCGGCAUUUUGACCGGAUGCUACUUCUGCUGCUGUCUUUGCUGCUGUUGCAAUUGCUGCUGCGGCAAGUGCAAGCCGCGUCCGCCCGAAGAGUCUGGCGAUUACCACACGUUGGAAAGAGAUGAUUCAGAUGGGGUGCAAGCCGUGACUGUGCAGCCGGGUGGAGAAGGCCGUCCCAAGGGAGAGCAGGCGCCUCCCAUCGCUAUGCCUGCGCCACCCCCGACAGGCGCCUCAGAAAACACAGGUUUGAACACAGGAAGCAGUAUUCCAAAAUACACAUGAAGUAUUUACAACUAGUCUAACAUUAUUUGUAAGAGAAACGAGGAACUUACUUGUAUAACCACCAGCAUGAACGUUGAGACAUAGGUACAGAUGUAAGCCUAAUUAAAAGUUAUUGUUCAUCAUAUAAAAUAUUUUUGUACGUUUAUAUUAUCAUUUUCAUUUUAAAAUAUUUUAUACAACGUUCCAUUGUUUUUAUUGAUCAAUGAAGAUUUAGUUUUGUAAUUUUCGUAAUUAUAUUCAACUCUUGCCGGUAAUUUUAGUUUGGUGAUGGAAUAUUUUUAGAUAUUUUUUUUUAUUAUUAUUUGUGAUAUAAAUAAUGGCCAUUGGUAAUAAGAAAUCAACAUUUGUACCUAUGUAUAUUCAUGUAGGUAUAUUGUGUGAUUAAAUCUAUUCCUGUUUCACGCAAAAAUAAUUGCAAGUUUACAAAUAUAUUCUACUUGUCAUUGCUAUGGAUGUAAAAUGUAACCUUAUUAGAUUUUAUGUAUAAUAAACAGUAUAUACUCACAUUCUAAAAUAAUGCUCUUUUUGCUAUAUUUGUGGCGAUGCCUGCCUUUGCUUAGGGAUAGAUUGUUAUUGGCUGUCUGUUAGCGCAUACCUUCGCAAAUGUAUAGGACGCUGUAUACCGUAUCUACCUUUUUAGUUGAUGCAUAUUUAUAUAAAGUACUGAUUAUGUAAAUAAAAUAUAACUCAUAAA